AUGCUCACUCUGAGUGAGAAGGGCUCAGCGUACUGCUCCGGUAAGUUGAAGAAGAGAGGCGAGAGAUCCGUCCUCGAGAACUCUGCAAAUCCCGUCAAUUCUGUCACCGGAGAAGAAGCACAACCGAGAAGUAACAGGAACCAAAAGAGUCUCGCCGAUGAAGAAAGCGCCGGCGGAAAGAGAGCCAAAUUCAUCGGACGCCAAAGCAGAGCCCGGGAAAGAGGAAGCCGCGCUCCAAUUUCAGGAAAGGAACCGCCGGUGAAGGAAGUUCAUUCCGAAAUCGGAGCAGAGCAACAGUCGGAGAAGGAGGAGGCGGACUUGGGAAGCGUGCAUGGGAGAAAAAAUUAG